AUGGCCGAUCCACGCCAUGGCUCUUACAGGGAUUUGGCUAAGAACUUCCAAACGGAGCUAGAUUUUGUGAUUGAGCAGGGUAUCUAUAAACCAAUAUUUUUAUACCAUAUUGUCAUUAUCCAUGCUUUGCCCAUUAUAGGCCUCGUCAUUCCUUCAAGCAGAGGCGGGAAAUAUUUUCGGAAAGUGCUGUUUGCCCUUUGCGUCGGUAUUGCAAUUGAAAUCUUGCAGAACAGACGCGCCGUUGUUGGAGGAAAUGGCUAUAUGCUUGGUCUGAUGACAGCAUGGUGGCUAAUAUGGACUGCUACGUUGUUUAUCUUCACAAAUAUCGAACGUGACUUCAAGCGAAUUGAACGAAAGCCUGGUGUCCAGCACCAGAAAAGUACACAUUUCAACAAAAAUACAAACAGCGUUGCUGAAGAGCCGCUUGAUUUGAGCAUUUCACUAUCUGAACAACAGGAUACCAAUGCUUUUCUUUGGCAGUCUUACCCUCCAAAGUUUUCGCAUCGCCUCGAUUGGUCUGUCGGGCUGCUCUUUAACCUGAGAGGACCAGAAUGGAAUUGGCGAGUACCACAUCUGGUUCCUCUUCCACGCUCAAUUCACAGACAAUUGCAUUCAGGAUUUUCAGAAAAGAUCAAUGCACAGGAAGACUCAACUUAUCCCACCGGGCAAGAGAGGCUUUGGGCUGCAUUUCGCAAAUUCGUCAUAGGAUAUCUUGUUUUGGAUUUCUUGAAGAUCAUCUUAAUGUCAGAUCCCUAUUUUCGAGGCAUCGCCCCAGCAAACUCACUCUCGCCGCCACCAUUCCCAUUCUAUUAUUUCCCAGGCCUCGCAGUCCACCCCGUCCUAGCACAGCUCUGCCGCACUAUAUACAGCGCUGGGGCCGUCUUCUUUGCUCUCGAGGUUGUGACGUCCUUGAACCCCUUGUUCUUCCUGGGAUUGUCUCUCGUAUUCCCCAACGGAGCCCGGAAUCUCACCGCCGCACCGCUCGGUGCUUCAUGGUUGUAUUCGGAUGCAUUCGGACCAUUCGUUCAGUCGGUCCUUGAUUAUGGCCUGGCAGGCUGUUGGGGCCGAUGGUGGCACCAGCUUUUCCGGAAUGGAUUCAUGAACACAGCGCGCUGGAUUCUCUCCCUGCUUCCCGCUAGCUUAGUGUCUCACCCGCAGUUCAGACGCGUUACGUACGUGGUGGUGGCUUUCUGUACAAGCGGCUUUGUCCAUGCUUGUGGAAGCCAUACCCAAUUAGCAAGUACAUAUCCUGUGUCGGGGCCGUUUUUGUUUUUCACUUUGCAGAGUUUCGCAAUUUUGGCUGAGCAGGUUUUCAAGACGGUUAUCUUCCCAAUAUUACCCCUUGGUGGUACACCGAGAUGGCUAAGACGGACAGCAAACUUCUUGUUUGUCUUUUGUUGGCUGAUGGUUUCGGGUCGUUUCGUUGCGGACGAUUUUGCGAGGGGAGGUCUGUGGUUGAUGGAACCGGUUCCAGUUAGCCCACUGCGUGGUCUAGGAUUUGGAUCGCCAGGUGAAGGGUGGUGGUGUUGGAGAGAUCCGUGGUUCCGAUAUUGGAGUGAUGGUUCAUAUUGGGGAAGUGGCAUACGGGUCUUAUAG